AUGAACAAACCGCUGAGCACUGCAGUCAAGUACUUCCUCUCUCCGAGCAGCAGCAGAUUCUUCACUUCCAUCCCGACUGAACUGACUAAAAACCAACAGAAGCUCCUCAUACAGCUAGCCAAAAGAACCGUUUCAAGGACAGGGGAUGGCAGAACCUAUCAGAAAAUCACCAAAAUUCAGGAACGGUGCAAAAUAUUGAAAACUCUCCAUGACGACUUAGAUGUGUAUGCGCAGCUCUUCCAGGAGAGUGGCUUGAUCGACGGGGGGCACAACCAUGACAAGACCAUCCACGAGGUGCAGUCCUCCUCCGUUAUGAACACAGACGAUGAUGUUAGGCAGCUCCUGCGCAACAUCGAAGACGUAGGGGGCAUCCUCCUACAGGAUGUGCUUGACUUUUACAAGAACGUUGUCAACACGGAGCAUCACUUGGACACGGAAGAGGUGAAGCUGGAGGUAGGUCAACCCGUCUUUCAAAAGGAUUCCCCCCAACGUUCAUUCCAGCCAUUAAGUGCCCCCCCUCCAUAACGUCCAUUGCAACCAUUAAGUGCCGCCCCCCCACAACGUCCAUUCCAUCCAUUAAGUCCCUCCCCCCCACAACGUCCAUUGCAACCAUUAAUUGCCCUCCCCAUCCCUUCAGAUCACCCCCGGCGUGGGGGGCCUCGAAGCCAAGCUGUUUUGCAACGACCUACUGAGCAUGUAUGAAAAUUUUUGCAAACUGAAGAAUUUCCAUUGCAGUCUCAUCAAAGGAGAUAGUGAUGAUACCAAAGAUGGAAACAGAAGCAUCGUCGCAGUGAUCAAAGGAGAGCGUGUGUAUGAACACUUCGUUCAAGAAAAUGGAAUCCAUCGAGUACAGAGAGUACCAGUAAAUAGUAAAAAAAUACAAACCUCUACAUCUGUCGUAUUUGUGUUUGAUGAGGAAAGCUUAACAAAGAAAAUUCAAAAAAAAAUGAACAUAAAUAAAAGUGAUCUCUUGAUCGAAACUAAAAGAUCUGGAGGAGCGGGAGGACAAAGUGUUAAUAAAAAUGAGACAUGUGUGAAGGUCCUCCAUAAACCAACCAACUUAUCUGUGGAGGUACAAAAAACCUCAAGCCAAAUACAAAACAGGAGUAUGGCCAUACAGGCACUUAAGACCAAACUGUUCUGUUUUUACUACCAGCAGGAGAAGGACCUUUUUUUUAAGUACAAGAAAAAUAAGAAAAUGAAUGGAGAUAGAAGUGAGAAAAUACGAACGUACAAUUAUGUGAGUGAUUUUAUUACUGACCAUUUGAGCAAUGUGCAGUAUCCUGGGAUCGAUCUCUUCUUCAAGGGUGAUGGUCUCGUUCGCCUCGUCGAUCACAGCAGACAGAUUUUCUAUCGACAUCUCGUCGACGAGGCGUUGAGCUUCAUCUUGGCUCGCACGCAAGAGUGA